AUGUCCAGACCAACUUUGUAUACAGCUCACAAUGGCUUUCCUGCUGUUGUUUCUGCGAGUCGCCUCCAUGCGUUCACACACCCUGACCUGCAGCGCAAUAUAUCCAGCAGCUCCUUUAAUAACAGCUGCUGUAAUCAUCUUUUAGAUGUACCUAUAGGUGAUGCCGACGUGGAGCGCUGGGAUGAGGCUCUUCGUAAGGUGGCGCCACCCUUAUCCUGGUUCCCCCUUCACCAUGAACCUGAACGACAUGACAGUAGUGAGGGAGGUCCCACGACACGCUCGGUAUUUAUGACCGCCUCGACUGUUUUUGCCCUUCCCUCCGACGAUGCACGCCGUGAGUCUAUUCACAAGCUUGCUCCGUUUCCAUCUUUUAAGCCGCAGGCGGUUGAAUCACUUUCAAUGAUCACCGUGCUCAAGACCAGGCGGCAGUGGUUACCACACCGCCAGCAGUUUUCCGUAUAUCAGCAACGCAUGCAGCUCUUAGAUGCCGUGCUAGCCCAUGACGUUGUGGCUGUCGUGGGCAAUGCUGGGAGUGGGCGCACCCUGCAGCUACCAACGAUCCUCUCCGAGAAGGAGGUCUUCAAGCGCCGGCGCAUCAUCGUGGUGAGCGCGAACGAGAUGGCCGCUCGGCUGACCGUUACGCGACUUCGGGAGGAGCGCGGUGAGGCAGGUGACUCCAGGACGGUCGCGUUGGUGCCACCUGGGCAGCCCUCCGAAGCAACGGAGGGCACCCUUAUCCUGGUAACCACCGCCGAGGUGCUGCUGCGACAGCUUCUCUGUGAUCCUGUACUGAUGGAUGUCGGCGUGGUCAUCUUUGAUGAUGUGCACCUUCGUACGGAAGCCACGGAGCUCUGUUGUGCUUUGCUUCGUGAGCGUGCCUCGCAGUUUGCCACCACGGAUGGGAGCAGUGCCGACGGAGGGGGUAGGGUGGGGUUGAAGAAACUGCACGUUGUAUUGAAUUGUCCCGAUGAGACUUGUUCGACCUCUCUUUUAGAUUUUUUUGCGGCCUCGCUGACUUGCCGCGUGACGACUUUUCUUCUCGCGUCCUCAGUUGCUUCCCCUUUAAGCUCAGCCCUGACUGUCUUUUACCUGGAGGAAACGAUUCAAUGGUUGCACAAGUGCCGCUCCGAAGGCAGUUCCCUUUGCCGAAACCCUGAGCUAGAGUUGGCUCCUUAUGUCGAGAAAGUGGAUGUUGUUACAGAGGUCAUGGCCGCGGCGGACGCAGAUUUUGUAAAUGAAAGCAAGUGUCGUAGCUACUGGUGCCGCAUCAUCGCGCAAGCCAUUUGGCAUUACGAUCUCGCUGAUACUCAAACAAUGACAGGUGAUAGUGGCCUCUCGGCAGGGCUUACGGCUCAGACCUCCGAUUUGAGUCUUAUUGUGGUUAUAACUCCCAGUUUACACUGGGUAAGAAUAAUUUUAGAAGAGGUUCGAUGCCAGCUUCGCCGUUUGUGCGCGGCGGAAUAUCAAGAAGGGUCAACAAGGCCAGCCGUCGAUCGGUUUGAGUUCCACGUCUUGGUGGAGUUCGUGACACCCUUUGCGGACUUUCUGAGUAUCGCGCGAGGGCAGCGCCUUGGUUCUAGUCUUUGGCCGAGCGGGCAACUUUUACAGACACGUGUAGUGCUCUUCAUGACUCCAGAGCUCGCACAAACGACGCUGCCACCAGCGUUGAAUGUUGGACUCAUAGUAGAUUGCGCGCGGACUAGCAUCCAAUCCUUUGAUCUCACUGCGAUGUGUGACCGAUGGAGUACAGAGUACGCGAACUCCCACAACUUACGCUACCGCCGCGGUGUUGCAAAAAACAAGCCAACCUUUGUCGGUUCAGAGGGAGCGGCUCGGCCUUGUAUGGUCAUCCAGCUGAUACCAAGAAUGGUCUUGCAUAGCGCACAACAUCGACGACAGAGCGCGGAUCCAAACCAGCACUCUGUUUUUCGUCUUUCUUUCCAAAGGUAUCUCGACCUCUAUCAGGUGUUUCAGGCUCGAGAAGAAGCGAUAUCACACAACAGAGGCUCUUUGGAGCAGCAGGCUAGUUUGUCAUCUUCUAACAGAGGUGUUUCUCAGCCAACCACAGUGAGCGCCAAGGUGGCUUCACUCGUAUCCACGCAGUUCAUUGGGGUUCCUGCGGCGUCUGCAAAUCGCUACGAACAGCUGCGUCGUGUUUUUUCUGUUUUAGAGGGAUAUUUGGUCGCAUCCGGGCAUCUCCAACUGUCAGGGGGAUCUGACUCGUUGGAGGCUAAGCUUAGCAAUGAGGAGCCUCAAACCCGAUCUGGUUUGAUUUUGGCCGCCAAGCUGCGACCGAUGGGAGUUCUAGAUACCUGCAUGCUUCUGCCCACUCCUGUUACACGGCUCCUGGUAUUCGCCUCUAUGUUUGGAUGCUUUGUUGAGGCAACUGCAGCGGCUGCAGUGUGGUUGGUUGGAGACGUGUACCAAGCCGCCGCAGAGGAUCUUGAAUCCCCUGUAGAGGAUUUGUCUGAGGAUAAGGAAGAAAGACUUGAGCAUGAGACUGAGUGCCGUGCACUAUUCAGGGAGGCUAGAAGAUUUUUCGCAUGGAACUCUGUAAAUGACAUGGUAAGUAAUUUUAACAUCUAUAAAAUGUGGUUAAGCCUGCGUUGCGACAAAAGCGAUGGCGGUGCAAAGGAAGAAGCCUUUCUGAGCGAAUGCAAAGUCCCAAAGUCCUUCCUGUUAGAAAUUCUGAGUGUGCAGAUUAAUCUUCAUGAGCUGUUCACUAGCCUUCUCUGGAAAGCGAAUAGGGCAUCACCAGCCGAUAAACACGACGAUAAGCUGGAGCAAAUCGCACUUGCCCUAGCCCAGUUCCCUGAUGAAGUCAUUAUGAGUGGUCAUUUUCAGGUCUGCCUCACUGCUGCCCUUUAUCCAAACUGUGUGCGAAUGCAGAACUACGGGAUGGAUAGCCAUAACGGCCCUCAGGGAGUUUUCGGCGUCCUGCUUGAUCCUCCCCAUCCUCCUCUUCAAGCCGUGAGUGCAUCAGCGAUACCUCUUCUAAAACGUAUUGGUGUGUAUGCGGAUUAUAGCCUCCUCUCUAUUCAGUGGGAACAGCAAGGUGACCGCGAGGUCGUGCGCAUCGCCGAUGACGCGGACAGCGAAGCCAUUAUGACCCGGGUGAUCGAUAAAACGUUUCUGUAUCUGUCAAAGUCAAUGCUGGAGCCAUCCUCAGUUGUCCUAACUACUUCUUCUUCACCACAGAUUGCGGUCUUGGAGCAAGCCGUUCCGAUGCUAGAGGACGCAGUGGUAGUGAUGUGUGGCGAGAGUCGUGAACGACUCAAGGAGUCUCCUUGUCGCUGUCGUGGCUGGAGUUCGGUUCUCACCAGCGCUUGGCGCAAUACAAAGCGAGCACGCCUGCUUCCACCACCAGCGCAGCUGCCACCGGUUUCCAUAUCGAUACAAGCCUAUGACACUGUCCACGCACCCACGGUGAUCCUCACGGCGGAUUCAAACCAUAGCUUUAUGUUGCGCGCCACCACCGCGCGGUGGCUGCAGGGGUUGAGAGCGCACAUCCAGCGGCACCUGGGAGCUCUCGCCUUCCAGAAGGGCUGGACUGAAGAUCAGGCGGCUGUCUCCGCCUCGGAAGUCAUUGCGGCAUGGGGAUGGUGGCAGCGACGGCAGAAAGGCGGUCCACAAUGGUUGCACGAAGAACGACAGAUAUUACUCAGCAAUCAGCGAAGAUCUGCUGUGGAUGACACGAGUGGCCAUCAUCUAAUCGAUGGGGAAAAUAAGGCAAAACAGCAACUUAAGCUUUUCAGCUUUUACGCCUUCCGGACGCGGCCAGGUGUGCCUGAAAAGGUGUUGCCCCCUACGCUGGAGGUCACUGGACCUAAGAAGUCGUGUGCCCCCUUUAAGUCUGCUGUCGAGGAGACAUCCGUUCCUGCGUACACUGGAAAGUUUCCCAGCCCAGACGUGGAUCAGAUUGUUCGAAUGUGUGUGAAGAGCGUGGCCACCAAACGAACCCGGGAGCACGAGGCGCAGCUCCUUCGCGAUAACCCCGACCUUUUCAUCUUUCUGGACCCAGAGAACGAAUUCCAUGAGUAUUACCUUUACCUCCUCCGGCAGGCCGCACCCGACAUGGAGGUCCUUGGCGAUGACUUGGAGGAGCUGAUGGAUUACCUGACGUCCUUGGAGUGUGAGCUCCGAGAGGAGCUUGGGCUGCCUCUGGAGGAUCCUGCGCGGUCCUAUGAUAUGGAGGAAAAUUUAAAUGAGAGGGAAAGAGAUGAGGAGGGGGGUAGAAAUGACAAAUACGGAACCACCUCGAAAAGGCAGGAGCAGGGGCAGCAGGUGCUACUGCAUGAGAUCGCCGGGACGGAUGGGGAGGAGGAAGCCUACACGAAUAUAUCCGCUGGGCUGCAGGUUGAGACGGCGGCGGUUAGUCUACGCAAGCCUGCAGCCCUCACCCUGAGCAGCCGGAUGAAGGCAAGCGGUGGCGCCAGUGAGCGGCCCUUCCCUGACGACCCGACAAUAGCGGCCGCAUCGAGCGAGGUAAAGGACAGCCAGGAUGCCACCCCCACCCCCGCAGCCGCCCCUGGGACGCUGCUGGAGAAGCUCAUGGCGAUGAAAACAAACAGUGCCGUCAAGGCCACGGAUGCGAACCCGGCUGUGGCGCCUGGUAGCCCGCCGCGGCCGGUGUCCACCGGCAUCGCCACUAACGCUCUAGAGACUGCCCACGACGCAGAAGGGGCAGUCGCCGACACGCCACCCACCGCGGCGGAGCUUAUGGAGCUCUUGACUGGAGCUGGGAUUGGUGGUGCCGUUCUGGACGACGACCUCAGCCCAGGCAAUGGGGUGAUGCCCUCCCCUCCACCGGUUUUGGUGAACCCGCUCAGCAAGCCGCCCCCACCGCUACCGGCGAAGGUGGUGGAUGAGAGAAAGCCGAGUGUGUUGGUCUACCCGUUGCCGGACCGCCGUUACGGUAACGUGCCCCUCAUGCUCGCCAAGGCCCUCGGCGAGACGAUGAACAUCCGUGUGGGGCCCACGACCAUCGUGGGUUCUAUCGGGCGUAUUAAUGUUCCUAAUAAGAAGGUCGAGGCACGCGCCAUAUCGCUUAGAAAAUUUAUGUGUGUUGGGAAAAAGGUAUAUAUCUUUAAGAAUGAUCGUAUUAUCGAUAACCCCGAUCCAACCGUUUAUGAGCGCCAGCCGCAUCGUGGUGGUCGGGGAGGUGGGAAUGGGAGAGGUGUUCCCCGAGGUGCCCGGCAAUCUCAUCGGCGAUUCCCACCCGACGACGGUGAGGACAUUGACGGCCUGCAACCACAGGGGUAUGAUGUUCAAGGUCAUGACUACCUCUAUAACCGGAGUGAUCCCAUUGACAGCAAUGAUAUGGAACUCGAUCCGACCAUGGCAGGAGAUGAAUACCUUAGCUACAUCCAGGAGCUGCCACAGCGCCAGGAGCUGAAUCCUCCUGCAGAGCCCAGUGAAACUGACGAAACUGCGGCAUGCUCACGUAUGCCUGCUGUUCGUAUCGGUGUGUUCUCAGAUUCGGAUGAAGAUGACGUGGACGAAAGCGACUCAUCUGAGAAUGUAUCUGACAGCGAAAGCGGCACAGAAUAG